AGCUCUCCCAGCAUCCAGCACUCUGCCACAGCUGCGCAGCCCUCCCGAGGUCUAAUACCCGCCGGGCCCUUCUCCUGGAAAACUGGCAUAUAAUUCCCCAGUCAGUAGCCAUCUCGGAGUGAGAAUGUAAUAGAAACCGAAGCUCUGGCCAACGAGAUGCACAGCACAGAGCACAGAGCGCAGAUCAUUUUGGAAAAGAAGGAGAUGGCCGAGUCUGAGCAAGCGGAUCCCCCACCCCUCCCAGGGAAGAUGCAAAGAUCGAGCAUCAGAAGAACGGGUGGGUCCGUUUCUAGCAGCGGCAGUGCUGAUCCAAGCUCCCUUGGCUCUGAUAAAGCAUCCUCCUCAGUGCAAGACCCAGAUGCUGGCAGCUUUUCCCAGCCCAGCAGUCCAGGAGAUCUCAUCUACAGCAACAUAGGAGAGAUCCGAGCACACCUGGUACCAAACAAAGUCUGCCGAGGGAGCUCGCCUGGGAGGCUCCCUUCUGACACCAGCUCUGGCUCAUUGCCUCCACCCCUGCCAAAAAAGCUUAGCAGAACCAGCUCGUUGCCCGAGAGGGUGCCCUCUCAUAACUGCCCAGGCAGAGGUGCCUCCUCCCAUACUCUGCAGUACGUCAGCAGUGCCGUGACUGGCAGAAGUGGGGGAUAUUGCUACUCCAGCACUCUCCUGAACAAGGAGAAGCCUCUCAGCUCCAGCCAGUCUAGACCUCCAAGUCAUCCUAAAAGAUACUUGUCCAAGUCCCAAAGCAUGGGUGAACCUCAGCUCUGGGGGAGGCUGAAUAAAACCCACCCUGACCCUUUUCUCAGGAAUAGUCACCUAGAGCACCUGACCUUUACUACACCCGAUAGGGAGCUCCUCUCUUUCUUCAAGGACCUGGAGAACCAAGCAACUGUCUACGAGAAAGUGAUGGGGCGCCAGCUUGUGUCUUUGACCCAUCUCACCACACGGGUACAGGAGAUCCUGGUAGGGAAGGAGGAGGAGCAGCAGCUGGUAGGAACACAACUUGCAGGAAAGAAGUGGGCAGAUUUCAAGCUGCUGGACAAGGAGCCAUGUUGUGAAACAGGAGACGCUUGGUAUUACCGCAUCUGCUGUGCCCAGCAGGUCUUUGCUGCCAAGGUCCAUAAAUGCUACCCCUGCAGUCUCUCCGUACAGACUUCCCUUGAAGCACACUUCAAUAUUCAGCAGGUGUUUGGCCACUUCAUCGAUUCUCUCCCUAAGGAUGUCAUGCCUGCAAAAAGCCCUCAGAAGCUGAGCCAGUUCUGUCCUAAUGAACAGGAGGAAGAUGUAUGUACCAGUAGUUCCCCCAGUGUCUCACCUCAUCUUGCCCAGGUGGUCAUCUCUCCUGAGAUUCCUUUCCAAACGCUGGCUGAUUUUGUGAAGAAAUCUCAACAUCUGCACAGCUCUAGCCCUGGUCACUAUGAACGCCUGGCUUGCCUCCUCCUCCUGCAGUUGUGCGCUGGGCUUGAGUAUCUCAAGAAGCAAGAAGUUCUUCACUACAACAUCUGCCCAGAGAACCUGCUCUUGGUGCUCUGUCCAUCUCCUCCCCAGGGCCAGCAGGACAGAGAUCUGACCCCGGAGCUGCUACUUCCAAGGUUACUCAUCAGCAAUUUCUCCAAAACUGUACGAAAAACAAGACCCGCACUUCAGACCCAAGAAUCAGAUCGGGUCCAAAAUACAGAUGAGCUCCAAGUAGUCCUCUUGAUCUAUGAGAUCUUGCAUGCAGCCGACUCCUUGGAGAAGGCUUCAGGGCUCCGGUGGGAUGACCUGCCCACCAUCCCAGCCCUGUCCAUCUAUUCGCAAGGGCUCCAGCAGCUGGCCACCCUGCUUCUUCAUCCAGACCGCCACAGGAGAGCGUCUCUCCAGCAAGCGAAGAGCAUUCUGCAGAUCUUGCUGUGGGGGCCACGCCAGGAGCUCUUUGCCAGGAACCCAAUGACAGACGUCUUGCUCCAGAACUGGAUCGACAUUAAGAGGACACUGCUGCUGCUGAAGUUUGCAGAAAAGUUGACAGAGGCAGAGGUGACGCUGAGUCUGGAGGAGUGGCUGUGCUGUCAGUACUUGAAAGAGAUCACCACAUAUACCCUACACCCAGUGGUCAGGAUCCUGUAUGCAUUAUAAAGCCAGGUAGCAUUUCAAGACCCCUCAAGACCAACGGGAAGGGUUAACACUUUACGUCUCAGUUAUGAAAUACGUGGAUUUACUGGGCUCAAAGGCAUAUCGCAGGCCUUCAAUUCUUCUAAAGAUACACCGAGCAGCAAUUAGCUGGUGGGAGGAGCAGGGGUCAUUAGACAUACGGGACUACAGUGCUGCCUAAAAGUGAAGUUUCUACGAUGCCUUAACUAAGACUAGAGGUAUCUUGGGUCAGGCUGCCGCUCUGUAUCACCCCUCCGGGAAGCAACUGGCCUGCCUGUUCCUAGCCCGCAGACGUAAUGCGCUGCCCGGGUAACUCGCCCACAGCCUCCCUUCCUACUCCUUAGGAAGGGAGGAGUA